AUGAAUAGGAAAUUUGAGAAUCUUAAAGUUCAAACCAAGUUUGAUUUUGAGUCAAUCAUUUCCUAACUUGAUAACGAAUCGCAUCUUACCUUAAUAUAUACAAAAAAGUUUUCAGGGAUAAAGAAUCUUGAAUAAUAUGAGAGUCUUGAUGAUGAAUAUGAAACACCUAAAGAUUCCUAUAACUCCAUUAAUGAAGACCUUAUUACUAACAAAUAGAGCAAUAAAGAAUUAUGA